AUGGACUGUAGACUUCAAAAGCUAAAGGAUUUGAAGGUGGAGGGUUUAAAAGUUGAGAGUUUGAAGGUUGAGGGUUUGCAUGUUGACGGGAUGAUUGUCGAAGGUUUGAAGGCGGAGGGUUUGCACCACGAUGGGAUGAUUGCCGACGAAAGUUUCCAACUUAAAAUUAUGAAGAUUCGUUUAGUUGUAUACACUGGCGGAAAGUGGGAAAUCGUUAACGGAAAGUUGGAGUAUGUUGCUGAUGCUGAUUCAAGUAGACGUGGUUUAGAAAUUGAACCCAACCUUUCAAACACCGCUCUUUUAAGUAAACUGUCAAACAUUUGGUUUGGUGUUGGAUCAUCUGGUUUUUCAAGUCCAAAAAAAUUUUUAGUUCCUGAUUUAAAUUUCUGUACUGAUGAAGAAAAUUAUGAUGUUGUAAACGACUCCCAACCAAAUCCUGAUAAUUCUUUCGAAAAUUGUUCGCGAUCUUCAUCAAUUACUUUUGAACCAGGUCACAUAUUUAAUAACAAAGAAGACAUGAAACUUGAAUUGGGAAAAAAAUGUUUGUUAGAACACUUUGAGUUUAAAGUAGAUAGAUCCUCUAAAACUCGGUACCAGGUGUCAUGUUUGGUCGACGGUUGCGGUUGGCGUUUCCGUGCAAGGAGUUUUGGAGAUAGUGGGGUGUUUUUUGUUAAGAGUUUUAACGAUAAACACACGUGCUCGAAGACGCUAACGUACCCACAUGUUCGCCAGGCAAACCCACAUGUUGUUGCUCAUUAUUUAAAAGAACCUUUAAAAGACAGUGGAAGAAUAUAUCGUUGUAAUGAAAUAGUGAAAGAUUUUAGACAGAGAUUCCAAGUUGAGAUAACCACUAGUCAAGCUUGGCGUGGAAAAAGUCUGGCACUAGAGCUUUUACAAGGAUCAAGCAGAGAGUCGUUCGCAGAACUACCACUUUACUGUUACAAUCUUGAGCGGGCAAAUCCUGGUUCUGUUACACAUAUCAAGACUGAUGACGAGCGUCGGUUUGAGAUGGUCUUUGUCGCGAUUGGUGCUGCGAUUCGUACCUUUAUAUGCAAUUUAAGACCGGUGGUGAUCAUUGAUGCUGCACACCUAAAGGGUGAAUUUAAAGGGACGUUAUUUUUAGCUGUUGGGAUGGAUGGAAACAACCAAAUUUUACCAAUUUCCUACGGAAUAGGAAAAUCAGAGGAUGGUGAAUGUUGGACAUGGUUUCUGUCAAAGCUUAAAGAAUGUAUCGGUGAAAUACCUGAAAUGGCCAUAAUUUCGGAUAGAGCGAAUUCUAUACAUCUGGCUGUUAGAAACGUCUUUCCACAUGUUUAUCAUGGGUUAUGCUGUCGUCAUUUAAUGAUGAACCUACGUUUACCCUCUGAUAAAAAAAAAGAAAAUGAGAAGUUGUGGUGGAAGACAUGCAAAUCGUACCGAUUGUCUGAUUUUAACGAGUCAUUUAAUGCUCUUUGUCUUGCCGUUCCUAGAGUGCGACACACUCUAACAAGUAUUGGGUUCGGUAGAUGGGCACGGGCGCAUUGUCCAGGCAAUCGAUAUCAUUAUAUGACAUCUAACAGCGCGGAGUCUAUUAACGCUUUAUCUAGACACUCGCGUAAAAUGCCGGUAACACAACUCUUAGAGUUCUUCCGGCAAUCUGUACAAAAGUGGUUUUACGAUCGCCGUUUGCAAGGUAUACAUGAAAAACAUUUACUUACACAGUGGGCACAGAAGAAAAUUUUUAAAAAAAUUGAAGGGUCUAGAACAUGGACGGUUGCUGGGAUUGAGUUAAACAGUUAUUCUGUUGCAGACAGUGGAAAGGGGGGUUUAGUGGACUUUGUUAAUGGAACAUGUAGUUGCCGAGUUUGGCAGGUUUCUGGUUUACCAUGCGGGCAUGUUAUCGCCGUUACAAAAUUUUAG